GCACACGACACUUCUCAAGCAGCCGCCAUGUCUCGCCCCGAAGAUCUCCUCCCGCCAGAUAUCUUCUACAAUGACACCGAAUCCCGCAAAUACACGACCUCGUCCCGAAUAAAAAACAUUCAAGCGUCCAUGACCAAUCGCGCCCUCGAACUUCUCGAUCUGGACGAACCUUCAUUCAUUCUCGACGUUGGCUGUGGGUCUGGUCUAUCUGGAGAGAUUCUCUCUGAAGAUGGGCACACAUGGGUAGGAAUGGACAUUUCCUCCUCAAUGCUUGCACAGGCUUUGGAGAGAGACACAGAAGGCGACAUGUUUCUCGCAGAUAUCGGGCAAGGAGUGCCAUUCCGAGCAGGAACAUUUGACGCUGCGAUCAGCAUUUCAGCGAUUCAAUGGCUGUGCAAUGCCGAGACAUCGGACGUGAGUCCUGAGGGGAGAUUGAAGAGGUUUUUUGACGGGCUAUAUGCUUCACUCAAGAGAGGUGGGAAGGCGGUGUGCCAGUUUUACCCAAAGAACCAAUUACAAAAGUCCUUGAUAUCGAAUGCGGCGAUCAAGGCAGGUUUCGGAGCGGGUAUUUUGGAAGAUGACCCUGAGUCGAAGAACGUCAAGUACUAUUUGGUGCUGACAGUAGGUGGAGGAGACGUCAGAGGCGCUGUGCAGGGCAUGGACGGUGUCGAUGUGCUGGAGAGGGAGAAGAAGAGCCAAAUGAAGAGGGGGAAGGAAGUCAAGGGUAGUAAGAGCUGGAUCAUGAGGAAGAAGGCACAGAUGGAGGCGAAGGGUAAGGUGGUGAAGAGCAGCUCGAAGUAUACUGGAAGAAAGAGGAAGAUCGCGUUCUGAGGUUGUGGCAAGCAGUACCAGACUGGAGCUCUGCCGCGAGUGGAUAGAAGUGUGGACUGGAUUGAGAGAAGCAUGAUACCCAAUGGAUUAUUGACGGCUUGAGCGUGCGGUGGUGUACCGAGCCUGGAACUCGCUCGAUAAAACGACACAGCCACCAAGUAGCACGUCAAGUGUGCUAAGCUCUACGUCGACACUGUCCAUCGAGAUCCUCGAUCUUCUCUCGAGCCUCGUUCAGCAACACCUCCGAUGGAGAUUAGCAAGUGUGCGAUUGGAUGCUGCCACUUGUGCAGCGCAGUGGACGAGCUGCAGUUGGAGCAGCCUCAUCAACUGCAUACACGAGAGCACACGCGUUCGAUAGUGGCGGACUAUCUCCACGCGACGCCUCGCAUCCGUAGCAUGGCAGAAGCACCUGCAUCGGACAAACACAAGAUUCCAGAUUCGCCAUCGACCGCACCCACCUAUCGAACCAAGAAGCAAGGAGACCUCGCGACCCUAAAUACGAUACCAUGGAUGGCCCCCAACGGAAAUGAAUAUCCAGCGACCGAAGGCCAGACCACCUCACAUGACCGACACCUCCUGCGAGCUCAUCACAAGGAGGCGUCCAUCCCUCUCGUCUCCGGCACUCCUAUCACCUCGAUCCCUGAUCAAAAAAUUGACGGACAUUCCUACAUACCGAAGCUCCCAAAUUAACCCUCAAAAAAACACCAUCGACGGCGAGCUCCUACAGUACCCUGCGUCCUAAAUAAGAACACAAGAGAGUUCAGCCUCAUUCCCUACAGCGAAACAGCUCUCACGGAGCUUUAUCUGAUCCAUCAUAGGUCACAUUCAACUCAGCCUGUGAGCCAACCGUCCCGGAGACGGGCGCUUAUACCGGCACGGAAGAAAGCAAGGUAGAGCGAGCCGAGAAUGUUGCUUGUUUCUCCUUUCAAACACACAAGUGCACGCGCAGACAUGCAUGCAUGCUCCCAAAAGCGCGCUUGUGUGGUGAGGCGAGCUCGAGCUUCUGCUCAACAUAAAGCUGUCUUGGCGCUUUUACUGGCUGUCAGGGUCUGUUUGGAGCUCUUGCUUCGCCACAACAGAAUAUGCGACUUACUCCACCCCCACGAAUCUCAAUCUUAGCUGGGGUUUGCCAAUAGAAGUGUAGAGUGUGUGUUUGAGUGCUCGGAGUGGUUUGUUUCCUUUCGUUGUCGAGAACUACAACGUCAAGGAUUCUUAUCUGUAUACGCAGCACAGCAGGGUUGUCGAUGUACGAUGACGAUUGCUUUGUCUUCCUUCCAGUCGAUGAAGAAUUCAACCAAAAGGAUCGGCAAUACCAUUUGCCGUUGGAGCAAAGGCGUGGAGAGAAAGAGGAAAUAUUGUCAUCUCAGCUUCGGGGAUUGCGAUGUCGCGAUUAGAAGACUAGUUUCACCGUACUUCUUUUAUGCUGUUGCGCAUAAUUUAUCACUCUCACCCUUGAUAGUACUGAGCCUCACGACACAGCAAAGAGUCCCUACAACUCCUCUAAGCGCCCAAAUACAUCUCGAC